CGAGGCUUGACGUAAAAUACUCACAAAAACAACACAGGCAGAGCAGUGCAGCCCUAAAAGAGCUCAAAACCAUUCCCUUCAAUUUCGUAUUUUCCUCUUCAACGAAACCUUCGUCGACAUGGCUAAUCCCAUGGCUCGAUCGUUCCUCCAAGUUGCGGCUUCAGAGGAGGUCGCAUCGCCGCUGAGAGUAGUUCAAAUUGAGGGACUUGUUAUACUAAAGAUAAUUAAGCACUGCAAGGAGUUUUCACCAGCUCUGGUGACAGGCCAGCUUCUUGGAUUAGAUGUGGGUAGUGUUCUCGAAGUUACUAACUGUUUCCCAUUCCCGAUACGAGAGGAAGAUGAGGAAAUCGAAGCUGAUGGUGCUAAUUACCAACUUGAAAUGAUGAGAUGCUUGAGAGAGGUUAAUGUUGACAAUAACACUGUUGGAUGGUAUCAAUCGACCUUGUUAGGGUCUUUUCAGACCGUGGAACUGAUUGAGACCUUUAUGAAUUACCAGGAGAAUAUCAGGAGGUGUGUGUGCAUUAUAUACGAUCCUUCACGCUCCAACCAAGGAGUUUUAGCUCUGAAGGCCUUGAAGCUUUCCGAUUCUUUCAUGGACCUUCACCGCAAUAACAAUUUUUCUGGAGAAAAGUUGAGGGAAAAAAAUUUGACGUGGGUGGAUAUCUUCGAGGAGAUACCGAUUAAAGUUUCGAAUUCUGCACUUAUUAGUGCCUUUAUGACAGAGCUGGAAGCUGAUUCACCUGUUUCCCAGUGUGACUUUGAUCGUUUACAAUUAUCAACUACUCCAUUUAUGGAGAGGAAUCUUGAAUUUCUAACUGAGUGCAUGGAUGAUUUGUCAAUGGAACAGCAGAAGUUUCAAUUCUACUAUCGAAACCUCUCACGUCAGCAAGCUCAGCAGCAGGCAUGGCUUCAAAAGAGGAGGUCUGAGAACAUGGCACGGAAAGCCGCAGGAGAGGAACUGUUGCCUGAGGAGGAUCCUUCAAACCCCAUCUUUAAGCCAGUUCCCGAGCCAUCACGAUUGGAUAGCUUCCUGAUAACAAAUCAAAUUGCAAACUACUGCAACCAAAUCAAUGGGGUUGCUGGGCAGAGCUUCAGCAGAUUACACCUAAUGAAGGCUUUACAUGAGAAUUGACCUAGGCUGGAUAAAGUCCAAUUCUGCAUUUAUGCAUUGGUUUUCUUGUGAAUCAGGAGGCUUAUUGAGCCUGCCUUGGCGAUUGUUCCAAGAUUUUAGGCAGAUUCUAUGCAACACCUUUUAGGCAA